AGCUCAAGUAUGCGUUCGUUUUGAGCUGGCACUUGAAUGACGCGCCUCAGCACUUUGCCCGCACCGGAGAAGCCUGACGCUGACUGCCUAGAGGGGGCUGUGUUGCCAGAAGUUUGCGAAGAGAAGAGGCAGUCAACAUCCUCGACGUGCUCGACAUCUUCGAAGGCAUCUUCGGCAUCAUCUUUGACAACCUCUUCGACAUCUUCCGAUGAUGAGCAGCCAAUCUCCAGCUCUAGAGGUAGCUCGAAGCGUAGCAGGAAACGGCAACGGCGGGAGCUCGAGAUCCAAAAGUGGUUGACGCACUACAACUUCCAAGCUGUGGACAUCCCGAGGCCUUUGUCACGUUUCACAUCCGAGCAAGAGAUGGUCUACCCGGUCCACGUGGCAGCGAUUGUGGGUGACUGCACUGUGCUUCGGCAUUUGCUGGCCACCGGCGCUGAUUUGGACCAAGAAAGCUCCUUGGGGCGCACUGCUUACGACUUCGCCUGCGAGACGAACAAUGCCGGUUCUCACGGUGACGCAGUCUAAACAUCGCACCCUUUUGGAUGGCCAGUUUUCGUAUGCUGUCCAAUGCCCUUUGGAAUUUGGCAGAUCAAAAGGCGGUCGGUUGGCUGUUCUUUCUUUGCUCUAUCAACAAAGACCCUCACGCCUUUUGCCGCAGGCGAUGUGCUGGGACUGUUGCAUAGCAAAGUGAGUGUCGUGACCAUGCGGGACUUCCUCCGUUUGGCGGCUGGGGGGCCUAACCUUUCCGGAGCUCAGAGCAAAACGAGCAUGCAAAGUCGUUGCCUACGAAUCGAUAGCUGCAACAUCAUUCCAUGGUUGUUGUUGG